AUGCGAGUGCUUAAGAAUAACAAUGCACACGAGGCGAAUGCCAGUUAUGUAAUCAACAGACGCUAUACCAAGAGUAAAAUGUCACCGGUCUGCCACAACUUCGUACAGAAUGCGUGGAAGAAGGAUUUCUGCUCUAAUUGUUUCAAAUCACGCGAGGAACACUCGAAACAGGAAAGAACCACAGAAGGCAGCAAAUACCUAACGACACCAUUCCAACAUAGAAGCACAUUCUUUAAGAAAACCCCUCCGAGUAUCCUUAAAAUACACUCUAAGAAGAAAGGAAAGCGCAAUGUACGUUUUCCCGAAGAAGUAUGCAGUGUUAUUGGAUAUGGAGGGGACGAUUGGUCAGAUGGUGAAGAAUUCGAAGUUUCAGAAGACAAUGAUGACGACGAUACGUUCCCAGAUACCGAAGAAGAAAGGGAGCUUUAUAAAAUAACAAAAUCUAAUACGGACUUUAAUACCGUUAAAGCUAAUUUACUCGGAGAAUCCGUGGCGAAAUCAUAUACGUCAUUACUAUUAGGAAAAGUUCAAACAGAUUCCGAUGGGAAAAAGAAAACAUUAAUGGUUUCGGUUACCCCAUUCGGUCAAGAAAAUAAACCUACCGUUAAGACUCAUACUCGUAAGCCCGCGGUCAUAAACUUAGCUGAACAGGCAGCUGAGGACGCAUCAAAUGGAUAUAAAACUAAUAUUAUUCUUUCCACAUACAUUAAAGAAUCUGAAACUAUAAUUACUUCUGAAGGUUCGAAAGCCUCUGAUGGUAUUUUAUGCACAGAAAAGUCAUUACUCGAAGAAAUAUCAGAAACUUUACAACAAAACAGAAUAAGUGGAAAUGAUCUUAAUUUAAUAAAAUCAGAGUGCAAUAAACCGUCCAUAGUUGAGGGCAAAAUGAAACAAAGUAUGCAAGAUGAAUGCCUCGAGAAAAAGGAGAUGAAUGAAAUUAAAAAGAAUAGUAUUGUAAGAAAAUCUCCAUUGAACAAAACACAAGAAAGGCCAAAAGUGAAUCUUAGUCGAUCAGAAUUCAAAUUCUGUAAAAUUAACAUCGAAAACAGCAGUGUUGAUUCUGCUGUAGGUACACUUAACUCAACUGCAAAUAAUUCACUUACAUCUGACGACGAAAGCUUUAGUGGUCGCACUGAUUCGGACAAUGAUGAUAGUGGACAUUACUCUGAAUCACAUAAAAUCGAAGAAACAGUUAAAAUUAAAGUAUACAAUGAAGAUAAAAACGUUAAAAUGUCACCGAUCGGGCAAUUAAGGAAAGUAGACGGACAAACCGGUAGUGGAUAUUCGACAUUCCAAAGCCCGAUCAUUGACAUGCCGCCUAUAAUUCCUAAAACGGAUAAUGUUUUCUCCGCGGAAGCCAGUCGCGAACUUGCGGGCGAACCGGAUGGGAGGGCAGAUCCUGAUGAUACGUCCGAAGCUCCAGCGUUACCCAGCAGCCCUGUACCCACCAUGGACCCUCGGCCAUCAUUUCUACACGGCAUGAUUGGUGACAUAAUACCAAACAAACCGGUCCCGCCAGAAAAACCAAAGCUGCCUGCCAAACCAGUUAUUAAAUCUAAAAAAAGUACAACACAACAGGUUCUUACUCAUAUGCAGAAAAAAGAGGAGGAAGAAAAUAAAUACAUGAGCGAACACAGAAGUAGUGAAGGCGAAGAAAAGUCAGAUCCCAUUUAUUACGCUAAACCAGUACUAACGAAACAAGAUAGCGACACGUCGCUAAGUAGUAUGUGUAAACGAAAAGCGCCGACGCCCCCGUUGUCGCCUACCGAGGAAUAUUCCAGUAGUCUUUACCAAAGAAAUCCAAAUGGAUUUAUGAAAUCAGAUUCGCCGGUCGUUAGAGAAAUGGAGAAACGUGAAAGAGCUGUGAUGUCAACUUUACCAAAACUAAGAAAUAGUGAUGACGAGUCGAAGAAGCCGGAUAUCGUACCAGAGCCGGCUCCACGAAGAAACAUUUCAUUGUCACAUGACAACUUGUUACUGGACGAAAAACGUAAAGGCAAAUUGAAAUUCUCAAUUAAAAAGUUACUUCGUAUUGGGUCUUCAAAGGACUUAGAUAAAAAAGAACUUAGUUGUUCAGUUGCCACUAUAACAAAAGUCGCAACAAAAACUGAAGAGAUUUACGACUUGACCCCAAAACCGAAACCACGUCUUGUUAUAAUACAUCCAUUGGAUAUAAACGGCUCGAGCGUUGAAGUGGUGAAAUCAAAUUGCGAAAUUACUGACUUACGCCGGCUGAGUCACGACGACGUCUCAUCUAUAUACAGUGGCAGUAGUAACGAAGAAACGGCACCAAGAGUAUUGAACAAGCCACCCCCGCCGCCGAGGGUAUCUAGCGAAGAUUACAAAUCGGCAGCUAACGUACCAAAGCCGGCAAGACCGCCGCCACCAAAGUCUAUUGCAUUACAGAAGAAACAAAAACAGCAAGUCUGGACGGCCGCUCCUAAACAGGAUGACAACAUUUAUGCUAAUUUAGGAGAGAUCAGAUCAGCGUUGGCGCCACGCAAACCAGAACGAACGGCAAGUAUGCGCGAACGUGAAUCGCACUUAGAACUGCUCAAACGUCGUACACCAUCAGACGACGAAAAAGACGAAGAUGAGCCUCAAGAACUAGUCCAAGCAACCAACGAGACCGUCAUACAUAACUACGACGACGUAUACACAACCAAAUACGACGAAGAGAACUGCGAUUCAAAGAACAGUGACAGCGAUUAUGAAUACGUUCACAACGCUAGAUCGAGCUCGCCAGAAUGUGAUUCAUCCAUAAAACCAAGAGAAGAGCGUACAGAGAGAAAAACUGAAGGCACAGAAUUCCCGAAAUACAACGGUUUUAGAACAUCCUUACCAUAUUGUGGGAGUGAGACCGAGUCAGAGAUAUAUUCGCCAUACAGUUUCUACAGCUCGAACGAUAACAUGGACAGUCCGUCUAAUGAAGAUUAUCAGAGCGAUAUCUCGAAAACCACAAACAAAUUGCGCGUAAGGAAAGGCAGGAGUGUAGUUCAUAAGAACUUAGAAGAUAAUUACGGGGCGGUCGUUAUCGCGAAUCACGAAGCUCUCGCUCAGGUUUUAGAACAGGUACAACAAAGUGCAACCAUGCAACCAUUACUGCGUGGUCUCAAAGCGUGUACAAACCUACGCUGGUCGGAUUUCGCAAUCCAAAAUAAAUCGUAUACGAAAGCUGGGAAGCGAUUCUUUUACCCCGCACUGUGGAACUCUAGCGGUGGUCAAGUGAAUGUCACACUAAUGCUUUGUAAGGAACAAACUGCGUCACACAUAGUCAGUCAGUCAGUACAGCCGAGUACUUUGAAUCUGAAUGCCAUAACUGAGUUUUGUGAUCUGGUGCCUUUACAGCAGUUUGGUGAAGAUGGAGAAGAUUUGGUGCAAGCGACAAUAGUAGUGUUGGCGAACGCACAAGUCGAUACAAUUCACUCGUACGGAGAACAUUUGCGUGCGACAGAAGGUCUUAGCACUAAAGAGCACCAAAUCGUACAAACAGACCAAAUUCACGAAUCAAUAUUUAUGUUGUUACAAAUAAUAAAUGGAUUGAAGUGUUUUCAAUCUCGAGGAGUUGAAGAAAUACCAGAAAUGCUCACUUCGUUUAUAGUUUUGAAGGAAAUGCACUGUAAUGCGACGCCUUCGGAUGACAGGUUGAACUCGCUGUCGGCGCCAAAAACCAACUGUUACGGCAGAUUAUGUAUAUUACAAGGAUUAACUGAAGAUAUGAACUGCAGUAAAUCAACCGACGAAGAUCUCAGCUCUCUCUGUAAAUGCGCUUUAAAGGCCAUCGACAUUUUGUUGCCAGGUGAAAAACUUACCCCUUUAUUAAAGGAAGUUUUACAGGAAGAAAGGGCGGUUUCUUUAAACCAGACUAAGUCAGUGUUAGAAUUUAUGUUAUGGGGGCCAUUAGAUGUUGCACAGGGUGUUCCGGUCGAGGAAAGAGAACUGUCUCUUCAAAGAUGGCUGGAUUUAGAAAGAGCAACGGUUUUACACGGUUUAGUCAGAACUAGAGUGCAAUUGAAUGUUUUUGAACAAUUUCAUUUGAUGUUCUUAGUUCGUUCCACUGCGAAGGCGAUGUGCGAUGCCUCCGUGCUUAUUGGGAAAGCUAAUGUGUAU